UUCAAGAAUUCCUUCUUUUGAAAACUUCUAUUGGUAUAAAGUUAAGAAGUGCAUCUGAUAUCGUUAGCAUCUAUAUUUACAACAACAACAAUAAGACAAUAUAUAUUAUCGAUUUGGAGAUAAAUUUUCCUGUUAUUAAGGAAUCAAAAAUAGAAAAUAUUACGGGUUUGAACCAAAGUCUAGCACCAGUAUGUCACUCUACACAGAAACACGAAAAUUUCACAUCAGCUGUGUGGUCAACAGAGGGCUGUGAAACAAUAUAUAAUAUUGACUCCAAGAACAACGUGACGUGUAAAUGCAAUCACCUGACAUCAUUUGUCAUUUUGAUGAAACCUGAGCAGAUAAGUGAGAAUAAUAAUUUGGCACAGCUUACAAACUUCGGAGUUGCAAUUUCGAGUGUUUUUCUCGCCAUUACUCUUAUCAUCAUUUACGGUUUAAAAGAUAUAAGAAACUCGGACAGACAUAAAAUGUUGAGCCACUUGGUUAUUGCUCUGCUUUGUGUCAAUUGCCUCUUUUUGUGCCUUGAAGGCGAUGUGAGGAAUAUAUCAGAAAUCGUAUGCAGUGUUCUUACUGGUUGUCUGCACUACAGUCUCUUGGCAGCUUUUUCCUGGAUGAUGAUUAUAUCAACCGAUGUAUACAUGAAGAUCAAACAUCCAUUUGCGGAUCAUAUCAGGCGCUUCUCGUACAGUCGGUACAUUGGUUGGAUUGGACCCGCCAUUGUCGUAGGGGUGACUGCUGGAAUAACAAAUGUUAACUACGCAUCUGAUGAGUAAAUUUAAUGUUUAUUACUUCAGCAUUUUACUUCAGUUCAGAACAGAGGUUCAAUACAUUUCAAUAGCAUUAUCCCAUUUUCCAC